UGACCCAGUGAGAUAUUUAUAUGUCUGUAGACAAACGUAGUCUGCUAGGUAGGUACUGUCAUGCCUGACGACCGUCUUCACAAGCUAGCUCGAUGUUGGUUGCCAUUGAUAAGCAAACAUCCUUUUCUAAAUAUUAUAAAUAUGAAUUACUUAAACUUCAACCGUUAUUUCUAUACUUGAAUGACACACAACGUUCGCCUUUCGCGUGGUUCAUUUACUGGUGGGAUGGCUCAGUGAAGGACACUGAUUUAGACUCAACACGAAGGCAUGUGUUGGCGAUUUCACCAUCACACAUAUAACGGUGAGUGUGUCCCAGGACAGUUGUGCGUCGGCUUUCAUCUCCAGUCCUUGCUCCAUUCAGCGAUCCGACAUGUCCAGUGACCCCCCACCUCCCUACCCCGGAGGCCCAAGCGCCCCAAUCAUUGAAGAGAAGAAUGGGAUACCUGUUGUUACUGCAGCUCCGAUGGCGGCGGCUCCACAGCAGGGAGCAAACCUGCCCCCGGACUAUGGGCCUCCCCCCUAUGAGGCCUCGCAGCCUGGCUACAUGCACCCUCUCGGCCCCGGUGAAGGCCCCAUGCCCAUGCCCAUGCCCAUGCCCCCGCCAGGAGUCUUCUACCCACCCGGUCACUUUCCUCAGCCCAUGCCAGGCCAGUUUGGCCCGGGUCCAAGUCACAUGGCCGGUCACACGGCCACCGUUCUGUCGCCCCCUGGUGCGGCUACCACCGUCACCGUCCUGCAGGGGGAGAUGUUCCAGACGUCCCCGGUGCAGACGGUGUGUCCACACUGCCAGCAGGCCAUCAUCACCCGCAUCACCCACGAUGUCGGCCUAAUGAACACCCUCUUCUGCCUGUUCUGCUUCUUUGUGGGGUGUGAUCUUGGCUGCUGCCUGAUUCCCUGUCUGAUCGAUGAUCUCAAGGACGUGACACACACAUGUCCUUACUGCAAGGGCUACAUCUACACAUACAAGCGUGUCUGCUAACCACCAACAGCUGCAUGCUGCAGACAUACCAAUAUGCACCGAAAAAACGCACGGCUCCUAUUGGUCGGUACGGGCUUAUUUCUCCGGCCUAUCGCUGUGUCCUGUACUUCCUUUAACCCCCCCUAACUGUAGUUUGGUUAUUAGUUGGCCUUGUCUUUAUUGUGUGAUGUGUACAUAUAUAUGUAUAUGUAAAAAAAAAAAAAAUUAUAUAUAUACAUAUAUAUAUAUAUAUAUACACACAUGCAUAUGCACACAUGAAUAUAGACACCACACACACACACACACACACACACACACACACACACACACACACACACACACACACACACACACACAGUCUCAUUACUAGACUUUCCAUGUAUAGACAUGACGUUUCCACUGUACACAUCUUAAACUGGGUAACCAAACCUAUGAGGCAUAACAUCCACCAGGAAAAAAAAACAAAACGUUACAGAAGUGUGUUGUACAGAA